UCAGCUUGCAUUGCACUUUCUUCUUCUUCUCUUCUUCUCCUUUCCCCUCCUUGAGAAAGCUACUUGGUGGCUAUAUACCUACUUGUGCUUGUGUUGUGUGUGUACAUAGUUGCCAUCUUCUUCUCCUUCCAUAGCAACCUCAUACACACACUCUCUCUCUCUGGUAGUCUGGGUGCCUAGUUACACAUACAUUCAUACUCCAUGCUAGCUCUCAUAUAUACACCAAUCUAGAGACACCCCUAAUUCACAGUGCCACAUGCAGUGCUAUAUUAUCAAGAGAGAGAGAGAGCCAAUUAAGCAAAGGUAGGUAGGUAGCUUCCAUUUCUUCCUAGCUUGAGUAUCUUCCCUUCAUUGAUCUCCAUAUAUUAAUUAGAACCAAUUUAGUAGUAGUAGUAUUGUUAUUCCUCCCCAAGAAAAACAUCCACUACUUAAAGGAGACUCGAUCUCCAUGUUAUAAUAAGGUGAUAUAUAUAUAACCCUAAUCCAAGUCUCCAAAAAUAGUAGUAGCAGAGAGUACACUGUUUCAUAUAUCAUCCCAACUUAGCUCCCGGAAUUAGCGUACUAGUCAAAGUCAACAGCUUUGGUAGGAGGAGGAGCACGCGAGCUUAGGUAGCCUAGCUAUGGAGUUCACCCCAAUUUCGCCGCCGACGAGGGUCGCCGGCGGUGAGGAGGAUUCCGAGAGGGGGGCGGCGGCGUGGGCGGUGGUGGAGAAGGAGCACAUGUUUGAGAAGGUCGUGACGCCGAGCGACGUGGGGAAGCUGAACCGAUUGGUCAUCCCCAAGCAGCACGCCGAGAGGUACUUCCCGCUCGACGCCGCGGCGGGCGCCGGCGGCGGCGGUGGUGGCGGCGGUGGCGGCGGCGGGGGGAAGGGGCUGGUGCUGAGCUUCGAGGACAGGACGGGGAAGGCGUGGAGGUUCCGGUACUCGUACUGGAACAGCAGCCAGAGCUACGUGAUGACCAAAGGGUGGAGCCGCUUCGUCAAGGAGAAGCGCCUCGGCGCCGGCGACACCGUGUCGUUCGGCCGCGGCCUCGGCGACGCCGCCCGCGGCCGCCUCUUCAUCGACUUCCGCCGCCGCCGCCAGGACGCCGGCAGCUUCAUGUUCCCGCCGACGGCGGCGCCGCCGUCGCACUCGCACCACCAUCAUCAGCGACACCACCCGCCGCUCCCGUCCGUGCCCCUUUGCCCGUGGCGAGACUACACCACCGCCUAUGGCGGCGGCUACGGCUACGGCUACGGCGGCGGCUCCACCCCGGCGUCCAGCCGCCACGUGCUGUUCCUCCGGCCGCAGGUGCCGGCCGCUGUGGUGCUCAAGUCGGUGCCGGUGCACGUCGCGGCCACCUCGGCGGUGCAGGAGGCGGCGACGACGACAAGGCCGAAGCGUGUCCGGCUGUUCGGGGUGAACCUCGACUGCCCGGCGGCCAUGGACGACGACGACGACAUCGCCGGAGCGGCGAGCCGGACGGCAGCGUCGUCUCUCCUGCAGCUCCCCUCGCCGUCGUCCUCGACGUCGUCGUCGACGGCGGGGAAGAAGAUGUGCUCCUUGGAUCUUGGGUUGUGAGCUCGAGCCAAUCUGAAUUGGAGAAAGGCUAAGCUAGCACUGACGACGGCGACGGCGACGACGCCAACUGAUCAAGAUCAGGCAAUGUUUGGAGCAGCUGCGUAUAUAGCUUCAGCAACUGCAUGUGUAACAGUGAGAUGAAUUAUUUUCUUGAUGAUAUCUUGCUCAUAUUAAUUAUUAGCUAGUUAAUUUGCUCUAUGCUUAAUUAGUUACUGCUCUGUUCUUCAUUUCUAUGAGCCUAAUUUGGAGGAAUUUGAUCAGAAACUCUAGAACUGUGUACUGUGGGUUUCCUUAGCUUGCUACACUUCCAAAAAGGUGAUCUUGGUUAAUUAUAAUUGUAAAUACUCUUAUCAAGUUGCAGUAAGAUAAGUACUAUAUUGAUAA